GCUGUGGGGGCUUGUGUGAUGCCACAUUAAUAUAGUGAGGGGCACAGUGCCAGGGCAAGUUGUGGGCACACUGCCAGGUGCCGGGCCCUCGGGCUGACAAUAAAUGAGGGGCUGUGGGGGCUUGUGUGAUGUCACAUAAAUAUAGUGAGGGGCACAGUGCCAGGUGCCGGGCCCUCGGGCUGACAAUAGAUGAGGGGCUGUGGGGGCUUGUGUGAUGCCACAUUAAUAUAGUGAGGGGCACAGUGCCAGGUGCCGGGCCCUCGGGCUGACAAUAGAUGAGGGGCUGUGGGGGCUUGUGUGAUGCCACAUUAAUAUAGUGAGGGGCACACUGCCAGGUGCCGGGCCCUCGGGCUGACCUCUUCCUGUCUGCCCACAGCCAGGUAUUCGGGCAGGCCCCUGUGUGACUCCCGGGGACAGUCAGGGGGAGGAAGCGGAGGAUCAGCUGAGGAGGGAGGAGCUCGGAUCGGCCCCGCAACUUGUGUCUAAACAGCUCGGUGCUUCCCUUAGCUGCCAUGUCUGUAUGACGAGUACCGGAUCACAGGGCGAGCCCGGGCCGUGAACUGCCGCCAUGAGAAGGGACGAGGGAUGCGGCAUGAGGUCGGUGGUCGGCUUUCUGUCCCGGAGGGGCCUACAAGGGGACCCCCUGCUGAAGGAAGAUUUACAGCGGCGGAGGCUGCAGGCCUGUAGGAACCUGUAUAAGAAGGACCUGCUCGGUCACUUCGGCUGUGUCAAUGCUAUCGAGUUCUCCAACAACGGUGGACACAUGCUGGUGUCAGGAGGAGAUGACCGGCGUGUGUUGCUGUGGCACAUGGAAAGAGCCAUCCAGACAAAAGCUACGCCUCUUCAACUUAAAGGGGAGCACCAUUCAAAUAUAUUUUGCUUGGCGUUCAAUAGCUGCAAUACUAAGGUGUUCUCUGGAGGAAAUGAUGAACAGGUGAUCCUCCAUGAUGUUGAGAGUGGUGAAACACUGGAUGUCUUCACUCAUGACGAGGCCGUGUAUGGAUUGUCAGUCAGUCCAGUGAAUGACAAUGUGUUUGCCAGUUCAUCUGACGAUGGAAGAGUCUUAAUAUGGGACAUCAGGGAGUCCCAACAGGGAGAUCCUUUCUGCUUGGCUCACUAUCCCUCAGCCUUUCAUAGUGUCAUGUUUAACCCUGUUGAGCCCAGGCUGUUGGCCACUGCCAAUUCCAAGGAAGGAGUCGGACUCUGGGACAUCCGAAAACCUCACACAUCUCUUCUUCGCUAUGGUGGAAACCUUUCCCUGCAGAGUGCAAUGAGCGUGAGGUUUAACAGCAAUGGGACACAGCUUCUAGCCCUGCGCCGACGACUGCCUCCUGUUCUGUAUGACAUUCACUCUCGUCUGCCAAUAUUCCAGUUUGACAAUCAGGGUUACUUUAACUCAUGUACCAUGAAGAGUUGUUGUUUCGCAGGAGACCGAGAUCAGUACAUUCUCUCUGGUUCAGACGAUUUCAACCUGUACAUGUGGAAGAUCCCAUCUAGCCCAGAAGCAGGAGGACCAGGAAGAGUUGUAAAUGGAGCUUUUAUGGUACUAAAGGGCCAUCGUUCUAUUGUAAAUCAAGUCCGAUUCAACCCUGAAACCUACAUGAUUUGUUCUUCGGGUGUUGAGAAGAUCAUAAAGAUAUGGAGCCCUUACAAGCAACCAAACUGUUCUGGUGAUCUUUAUGGAGAAAUAGAAGACGACUCCCGGAGUUUGUACACACAUGAAGAGUACAUUGGACUUGUGCUCAAUAGUGGAAGUGGAUUGUCCCAUGAUUAUGCCAACCAGUCAGUCCAGGAAGACCCACGAAUGAUGGCAUUUUUUGACUCCUUAGUGAGACGAGAGAUAGAGGGUUGGAGUUCUGACUCUGAUAGUGACAGCACAAUUCUGCAGCUCCAUCCUGGAGUCAGUGAACGUUCUGCUUAUAGUGACUCAGAGUCAUCAGCUUCUAUACCUCCUUCUCCUACACAGAUUCCCAGAGAGUCUGAUGAGGCAGUCACUCCUGGGGAAUCACAGAGAUCAAAUGAAUCUCCUAGAAGAUCAAGGACUACAUCACAAAAAUUACGACUGUUAGCACUUUCAAAAUACCAGGACAGAUAUCUGGCAGCCAUUGCCAACAAUUCAGACUCUGAGGAUAAUGCAGGUGAAACAGAAGCAGAAAGUAGCAGGUUUCCUCGCCCCCGCUCCCCAAGUCCUGAGGAGGAUCUGUCUAGCAGCAGCAGUAGCAGCGAUGAUGAAGAGACCCUCAAUGACCGUAGGAGUUCAAUGCGACAGCGCAAUGCAUUAAGGCAGAAACAAAAAGUGCAGAAAGAGGAAAAGGCAAAAUUUAAUGCUGAAACUACAUCAGCAGCAAUAAUCAGCGAAGAUGUGUAUGAAUACCCCCAGAUUACCGUGGAUGAACUUUCAUCAUCUGCUGAAUCUUCACCAGACAGGAGAAAUCCUACUACAGUAGACAGGAAAUCUUCUCUCUGUCCUAACAUAGACUCUGUUGAAAGAAAGAUCUACAAAGCUUACAAAUGGCUUCAGUAUUCUUAUAUAUCUUAUUCUAAGGGUAAAGACAAUGAGUCUUCCACAAUGGAUGGAGACAGUGACGACGUAAGGCCAGGAACAAGCAAGAGGAGCAGUAAUACGUUACCGCCCACUGUAGAUAAUGAUCAUACUUCUGAUAGUAAAGACUCCUUACUAGAUAACCUUAACCUUCGAAAGAAACAUCAAAAGAAAAGGCAGCACUUUGUGGAAGAAAUAGAAAAUUCUUCACAAGACACAGGGUCAAUAGAAUAUUCAUCCGAGUCAAAAAAACUAAAUGGAACAUCUGUCCAUAAAGAAUUACCAUCUUGCUCUGAAGACUCUUACGAUCCAUGUGACAGUAGCACAAUGCAAAUUAGCACUGAAUCCCAUCAAUUCACAGUAAACCAGCAAUCCCCCUGUUCUGAUAGUAAAAGCACAGAGAGCAGCCUUAAAAGCCAGGAGGGAGAAAUAAAAGAUGAGGAUGCAGGGGUGACCUGUACUCACCAGAGCAAUGGCCACUUGCAUCUAAAUUCUACAGACUCUAACAACAGUGUACAAAGUUAUGUGGAGCAGGUAACAACUUGUUGCCACACACACUCCAGUAUAGACAGCUCUAACUCCAUGCAAGUGGUGGAUAUGUGCAUGUGCUUAUCAGAAGUGGGCUCUACUAGGAGUACCAAAGAAAAUGCUACAUGUCAUACAGACAGUGGAGGUUUACAGCCUCCAAGUGGACUCAAAAGACAUUGGCAAGAGGAAUGUGAAAAUUCUUCAUCGGAAAAGAAAAUGAAACUUUAGGUUUGUGUCUUCUCACCUGGUUGAGGAGAUUUCCUAACUGUACAAUUAAAACAAAAA